AUGGUCAAUUUUCAAAUCUGGAGGCAUGUGCCUGGAAAAACCUUGCUGUUUCUCACAAAUCUCGUGGCGGCAACAGCUUUGGUCUUUGAAGGUUACAAUCAAGGUGUCCUGGGAACCGUGAGCGAAACUCCCGGGUUUAUUGAUAUGGCUGGAAUUGGCGCGAACGGAGUUGUGACCAACUCCACCAAACAAGGUGGUCUGGCGGCGGCCUAUUACUUUGGUGGUAUGUGGGGCUGUUUCUCAGGAGGUUGGGUGGGCGACAAACUUGGCCGAAAACGAGGUGUAUUCAUCGGUACCCUUUUCGGUCUUCUUGGAGCUGCCCUCAUGUCUGGCAGCACCAACUCGGACAUGUUUAUUUGUGCUCGAGUCAUUGCUGGUUUGGGUAUAGGAUUUGUGACUGCCAUUGUCCCACCUUGGGUGAGCGAGCUUUCUGAGGCUCACGAUCGUGGCUCCAGCUUCUCCUUGGUAUUUGUCGCAAAUUAUCUCGGCAUUACCAUUGCGUACUGGUUGAACUAUGGUAUCCGAAACACCAAUGCCCAAUUCCGUUGGCGCUUUCCCCUGGCCUGGAUGUCUAUUCCUCUCAUCAUCGUUGACCUUGCCCUUCCUUUCUUGCCAGAGUCUCCAAGGUGGCUCAUCACGAACGGAAAACGACAAGAAGCUAUUGAUAUUCUCUGCAAACUUCGAGGCGACCUAACUCCGGACGCACCCGAAAUCGUCAGUGAAGUUGCCCAACUCGACGCAAUUGUGGAAGCGACCGACCAGAAGCGAAACGACCUUCUUAACAUAAUACUCGGUGGAAGACAUUCUGGCAAUCUGCAUCUGGGCAGACGAGCUAUCAUGGGCUUUGCACUGCAGUGGAUUCAACAAUGGAUCGGUAUCCUGGCUAUCGCUGCAUGGGCCGGCACCCUCUUCAACCUCGCUGGCUUCGAUACACAGAAGUCUUUGUGGUUGGCCGGGCUUGUGAAUACUUUUGGUAUACCAGGGACCAUUGCAGCAUCUUUUGUGGUUGAUCGGAUUGGCCGCAUCAAGUCAUUGAUGGUCUCCUUCAUCACUCAAGCUGUCGCUCUGUUCCUCGUUGCUGCCCUCAUCAAAACUUCCCAAAACGCAGCUGCCACAGAUAUCGAAAAGUCUAGACAGCUCGGAACUGCUGCUGCUUCCUUUGUUUUUGUCUACAUCUGGUUCUUCACCAUGUUCAACAUCAUUCCAUGCUGGAUCUAUGGAACCGAGAUCUGGCCUCAAGAGAUUCGUGCCAAAGGUUACAGCUUUACCAUCUUUGGCUGGGCGUGUGGAUGUGGCAUGACUCAGUUUGUGAUCCCUGUCAUGCUCCAAAAGCUUGGCUGGGCCACCUACGUCUUCUUUGGAGCUACGAACAUCAUUGCUAUGCCAAUAGUAUGGUUCUUAUUCCCCGAGGUGGCCCAGAAAUCGCUGGAGGAAAUCAAUCUCUUGUUUACAAGCAGUAGUCUUCUCGUGUCCAAGAACAUGCAGGAGUACCAGCGGCGAUUGGAUGAAGCAAACGGAGAUGUCGCUGUAGCCUCGAGGCAGUUGCUUGAUGAGGUAAAUGGGUACGUUCAUCAUCACGGUGAGAAUGAGAAGGACUUGGAGUAUCAUGAAAAUGGCACAGUUGAGGAGAAUGAUGUGGUCACUGCUUAA